CGAGUCCGUCACGUGCCCCUCCAUCACAGUCUGGUUUGGAGCAGCCACCAAACAGGACAGGAACACACUGCAAUGGACAGUCAGGACAGGAACACACCGCAAUGGACAGUUAGGAAAAUAUAACUUUGAAAAUAUUAUAUAUCGAGUUUUGAAGAAAAAAAGGUUUUCUUUAUUCUCUUGAAGAAAACGACAGCAAAAAAAUGACUCUGGAUUAUAAUUCAUGCAUGAAAAGGCAGGAGCCAAAAUGCAGCGGAACAGCCGCAUGAAGCGGGAGCUGCAGUUGCUGGGCGCCGAGCCGCCGCCUGGGGUGUCCUGCUGGCAGACGGAGCACGACGUGGGCGAGCUCAAAGCCGAAUUAGUGGGAGGGGCGAACACUCCCUAUGAGGGUGGUGUGUUUUCACUUGAGAUAAAGGUCCCAGAACGGUAUCCUUUUGAACCUCCCAAAAUUCAUUUCCUGACGCCCAUCUACCACCCUAAUAUUGACAAUGGUGGCCGCAUCUGCCUGGAUGCUCUGAAGUUGCCGCCAAAGGGAGCGUGGAGACCAUCCCUGAACAUCUCCACCGUGCUGACUUCCAUCCAGCUGCUCAUGGCUGAACCCAACCCGGAUGACCCCCUCAUGGCCGACAUCUCUGCAGAAUACAAGUACAACAGGCAGGUGUUCCUAGAGAAGGCCAGGAAGUGGACUGUGAAGCAUGCCAUGCAGCGGAAUCUGGGUGUGAAGGAGAUGGAUCAGCCAGAUGCAGAGAACAGGGUAUCUCGUAAGAGGGAGAUGCUUGGUGCAGAAGAGCCACAGAAGAAGGUGAAGACCAGCCUGUAGAUUUGCAUUUCUGUGUUUCCCUGUGUUGUUUCUCUGUCUAUAUGUAUGUACUACUGUCAAUAUCAAGCAAUAAUAAAUUUUAUCUUUUACUUA